UCGGGAAGCAGUCGCGCUGUCCGCGCGUCAAUGUAGCGGCGCAGCGGGGGAGGGGGGGCGCUGCGGACACUGUCCGGGCGCCGCUAUAAACUCACCUUACAGUGACACGGGCUGCGCUGCGGGACCGGACCGGACAGGACUGGACUGGACCUCAGGCCGGUCUGUAUAUGCUGUUGUGGGAGCGUUGCUCGUCACACUGACUGAGUCAGAGACAUGGCGGUUCGCUUACCUCCGUGCGUCAUUGACGGCGGAACCGGAUACACCAAGAUUGGAUAUGCUGGUAACACAGAACCUCAGUUUAUCAUCCCUUCAUGCAUAGCCAUCCGCGAGUCGGCCGGCGUCGGAGACCAGGCCCAGAGGCGGCUGAUGCGUGGAGUGGACGAUUUAGAUUUCUUCAUCGGAGAUGAAGCUGUUGACAAACCCAACUAUGCAACAAAGUGGCCAAUUCGGCAUGGCAUCAUAGAAGACUGGGAUUUAAUGGAAAAAUUCAUGGAACAAGUCGUAUUCAAAUAUUUGCGAGCCGAGCCCGAAGACCAUUAUUUUCUCAUGACAGAACCGCCGUUGAACACACCGGAGAACAGGGAGUACCUGGCAGAAAUUAUGUUUGAAACCUUCAAUGUUCCUGGACUCUACAUAGCUGUGCAGGCAGUGCUGGCCUUAGCCGCUUCCUGGACCUCGAGAGCAGUCGGCGAGCGUACCCUGACGGGAAUCGUGAUCGACAGCGGUGAUGGAGUGACUCAUGCCAUUCCUGUGGCCGAAGGAUACGUCAUCGGAAGCUGCAUCAAGCACAUCCCCAUCGCUGGCCGAGAUAUAACCUACUUCAUACAGCAGCUCCUGAGAGAGCGAGAGAUAGGCAUUCCGCCCGAGCAGUCCUUGGAAACGGCCAAAGCGGUUAAGGAGAGAUACUGCUACAUCUGCCCUGAUAUUGUGAAGGAAUUUACAAAAUAUGAUGCUGAUCCUGGAAAAUGGAUCAAGAAGUACAGGGGUAUAAAUGCCAUCAGCAAAAAUGAAUUUCUCAUAGAUGUUGGAUAUGAGCGGUUCUUGGGACCUGAAAUAUUCUUCCACCCAGAGUUUGCCAAUCCUGACUUCAUGCAGCCUAUUUCUGAUGUCGUAGAUGAGGUCAUACAGAACUGCCCAAUAGAUGUCAGGAGACCUCUGUAUAAGAACAUCGUCCUGUCCGGGGGUUCCACUAUGUUCCGCGAUUUUGGUCGCCGCCUGCAGCGGGACCUCAAGAGGGUGGUGGAUGCACGCCUGAAGUUGAGCGAGGAGCUCAGCGGGGGCAGGAUAAAGCCCAAACCCAUCGAGGUCCAGGUGGUUACGCAUCACAUGCAGCGCUACGCCGUGUGGUUCGGAGGCUCAAUGUUAGCUUCCACCCCCGAGUUUUUCCACGUGUGCCACACUAAAAAGGACUACGAGGAGUACGGACCAAGCAUCUGCCGGCACAACCCCGUCUUUGGCAUCAUGUCGUAAGAGGAGGCCUACGAUCCCUGGCAGAGGCGCACCGUGGUCCCAGGGGGCUGCUGCUACCAACAGAUGCAGUAGCUGGGAGGAAUGCUGCCUGUAUCCUCAUCAUAAAGUAUCCAGGCAACCAGAAGCUUUCCAGGUGAAGCCAUAAACUGACGACUGUUUUCUGAAUAUAAACUUUAUGUAUUGCGUUACUUUGGCCAUUCUGCAGAGCUUGACACCCUUGUUUAGAGGAUAAUUAUUGAAUCUUAAUAGCAUUUGCUGUAAAAUGGAUUCACCCAACUUUAGUUUUAUAAGAGUUCUCUUUAAGACAUGAAUGAAGCAGCAGGCUUUCAGGUUGUAUGUAAUAUAUAUACAUGAAAGUACGUAAAUAAAUAUAACAGAGUAUUUCGGAGUUAGUAUAUAUUUGUAUUAAAGAGGAUUGUUUAUCAAAUCUGGCCGUUGUUACAGGAUGCACUGUAAUUAACUGAUUUACAAUACAGGCUGAAGUACAUAAAAAUGAGAUGUGCAGUUUGGUUUCCAUUAUAUUUAGAAUAUUAGUCAUUCAUUCUUUGAAGAAAUUGGUAAUAUAUACUAUAUAUCGGUUAAUAUAUACAUAUUUAUCUCAUGUAUUUGCAGUUUUUUUAUUUAAAAUGUUUGGACUACAAAGUAAGUUAUAGUUUAAGAAAUUGUCUUGACUGAUUAUAUAAUAUAAAAAUAGCAACCGAUGUGUCAGGCUGACCUAAAUAAAGGCACCCUUUACCUUUUGACUGUUUCUGUCUUCAGAUUGUCGUAAGAUUAAUUAACAAAUUAAAUAUAAUCUUGCUUACUGAAUAACUGCAUCCAUGGUGAGGACAAAGACAGAAAGUCAGUCUAAUAUUUGCAGAACGUUUCU